AGGAAUGCUUGUCACCUACUCAUUUUAAGUUCCCAAUCUCUUCAUACUACUACUAGUCUCUCUCUCUCUCUCUCUCAAACGCCAAAGCUGUAGUCUUUAGAGAGAGGGAGCAACUUCAAGCUCUCAUCUUUGCUCUGCUCUAAUGGAGAAGCACCAAUGCAAGCUCUGCGCUAGGAUUUUCAACAAUGGCAGAGCAUUGGGUGGUCACAUGAAGGCUCACAUGGCCGUCCUUCCUCUCCCUCCAAAGACCCACCAACAACUCGCUGCUGCUGAGUCUACUCACUCUGCCUCGUCCUCCUCUUCGUCUUCUGAAGAUGAACAGCAAAAGGGUAGUCAUGAACAAGAGGAGGAAGAUCAGAAGGCUUUGGCUUAUGUGUUGAGGGAGAAUCCCAAGAAAAGUUUCAGACUUGCAGAUCCUGAGUUCUCUUUUCAGGUUGAUGCUGGGUCUGUAGUUAUUCAAGACAGGGAGAGCGAGACCGAGUCGAGAAACCCAACUCGGAGACGAUCCAAGCGGAAUCGGAGGAUGAGUUUUACAGAGAAAUUGGAGCUGAAGAAACCCAAGUUGACAACUUCAACGGUUGACUCGCCGCCGGCCGAGCCGGAGCCGGAGCCGUUGAGCUCAGUCUCCGACACUUCACCGGAAGAGGAUGUUGCCAUGUGCCUCAUGUUGCUGUCGAGGGAUGUGUGGAUGAGAACAAACUGUGGAGAAGCAGAUCAAGAACAAAAUGGGAAAGAGGUGGUGGUUGCAGUGAAAGAUGAGGAGUUCGAGCAAUUGGAGGAGAUCAAAUUGAAGAAAGUGAGAGGCAAGAAUCGGUGUGACAAAUGCAGUAAGCUCUUUCGAUCUCAUCAAGCAAUGUGCGUGCACAGGAAGAUUUGCUUUCGAAGCGAAGCAGAGGCCAACAAUGCAGCUAGCAGUGCCAGUCUGUUCAAGUGCCCAUUUUGCAGCAAGAUUUUUGGGUCCGGACAAGCUCUUGGCGGUCACAAAAGGUCUCAUCUUUCUGGCACUGCGGGUUACUCGAGAGUCGUCACAAAAGUUAAAGAAGUUCGGGAGAGUUUCAUAGAUCUCAACAUGCCUGCUCCGCAAGAAGAAGAUGAUUUCAGUGUUGUUUCCGAUGCUUAGAAGUUACAGAGUAUCUUCAUACAUGGGUGUGAUGUGAUUCAACUUGGAAUCAGGUAAAAAUUUGAUUGUUUCAUGAGCAAUGCGGUCGACUUUGGUGGAAAAAGAACCGGUUCACUUUCCAUUCAAAGAUCAUAAUGCUCUUUCAGCUAUUGGGGUUUUGUUCAUUCUUGACCAUAAUUCAUUUGUUCUGAACUUUUCAACUACUGUUUGGUCAAGUUCAACUGCAGUAACUUCUUGUUAUAUGUAUUGUUGACUAGAAUACAGUGGCUAGGUCUCAUAUGAUCAAAGUUUCUUGUUAUAUGGCAUAUUCAAGCAAUGGGUUACUAGUUCAACUGAGUUUUUGUUUAGUUCAAGUACUGUUUAGCAAUUAGGUACAACCCCAUUGUUAGA